AAUAACAUAUUUCGGUUUUAAGGUUAGGUGUUUCAUUCUAUCUUUGUAUGUAGUUUUGUAUUUUGUAUAUAAUUAAAGCAAUAAAAACCGUAAGAUAGCCCCAAAGAAAAACUUAUUUUAGGUGCUGGGUGCCGAUUUUUAUAAGAAAUGACUUCUUUUAUAAGAUCUCGCGUUGUUGUUCCUUCACUUAGAACUGCUCUAAAACAGAUUCUAUUUGGAUGUGAACUUUCUAGAACACAGAAUCACAAUAAAAUUAUUCAAUACAUUGUUUCAAACAAUAGUUGUAGUAGAUUUUAUUCAACAGAAAAAAAGGUUUUUCAAAGAGACAAGCCUCAUUGUAAUGUGGGGACCAUUGGUCAUGUGGAUCAUGGAAAAACAACAUUGACUGCUGCUAUAACUAAGAUACUUGCUGAUAAAAAACUUGCUGAAAUGAAAGAAUAUAAAGAUAUAGACAAUGCACCAGAGGAAAGAGCCAGAGGUAUCACAAUUAAUGUUGCACAUAUUGAAUACCAAACAGAUAACAGACAUUAUGGUCAUACUGAUUGUCCUGGACAUGCUGAUUAUAUAAAAAAUAUGAUAACUGGUACUUCUCAAAUGGAUGGGGCAAUUCUUGUUGUUGCGGCAACUGAUGGUGUAAUGCCCCAGACAAGGGAACAUUUGCUUUUAGCUAAACAAAUUGGUGUUAAGCAUAUAGUUGUUUUCAUCAACAAAGUGGAUGCAGCAGAUGCUGAAAUGGUAGAUUUAGUUGAAAUGGAAAUUAGAGAACUAAUGACUGAAAUGGGUUUUGAAGGUGAUAAGGUACCAGUUAUUCAUGGGUCUGCAUUGUCAGCACUUGAAGGCAAAAAUGAAGAAAUUGGUUCUAAAGCAGUACUGAAGCUAUUAGAUGCAGUGGACAGCUACAUUCCUACCCCUGUCAGAGAGCUGGAUAAACCAUUCUUGCUUCCAGUGGAACAUGCUUAUUCCAUUCCUGGAAGGGGCACAGUAGUAACAGGCCGUUUAGAAAGGGGAAUCAUUAAAAAAGGAGAUGACUGUGAAUUUGUGGGUUUCAGUAAAGUUUUCAAGAGUACUAUCACUGGAAUCGAAAUGUUCCACCAAAUUUUAGAAGAGGCACAAGCUGGAGAUCAACUGGGAGCCCUAGUAAGAGGUGUCAAACGUGCCGAUGUUAAAAGGGGAAUGGUACUGUGUAAACCAGGCACUGUAAAGGCCUAUGACCACUUUGAAGCCCAGGUAUACAUUUUAAACAAAGAUGAAGGGGGCCGUGCGAAGCCUUUCACGUCCUUCAUCCAACUUCAGCUCUUCUGUAGGACUUGGGAUUGCUCAGUUCAAGUUACUGUACCUGAUAAGGAGAUGGUUAUGCCAGGAGAAGAUGCAAGGCUUAUUCUGAAAAUGUUCAGACCAAUGGUUCUUGAAGAGGGUAAGAGAUUUACCCUUAGGGAUGGAUCGUUAACAUUAGGAACAGGCGUGGUAUCCAAAAUUUUACCUGCUCUUAAACCUGAUGAAAAAUUAGCACUCAGUGAAGGCAAAAAGGCAAGAGAAAAGAAAGCUGCCCAAGCAAAACAGGGCUAGAUGUUGUAGUUUUGAUUUUUGUAUGUUGAAAAGGAAUUAAUUAUGAACAUUUUGUAAUUAAUCCCAGUGAAUCAUUUUUGUUGAUUUAUUUAUAAAUUUUCUUUUUCUAA